AAUACCCCGCGACAGAACAAUUAAUUCCUCCCUCGUCAUAAUUAUCACCACACAUUUUCCAAAAAAUGGCUUUUCGGAAACGUAACGUAGCAAUCGCACAACCCGGAAUUCAAACCUCGCAGACUCCCAUCCCGGAAAAAGUUGUCCCAAUUCCAGGUAUUCGUCCAUCACCACUCGAUGGUCGUCCAACUACAUCUACAGGUAUCCGUUCUCUUGAUUCUAUACUAGCCGGUCAUGCAGGACUUGCACUUGGCACAUCAUUGCUUCUUGAAGAGAGUGGAACUACGGAUUUUGGUGGCACGUUGUUGAAAUAUUUUGCGGCGGAAGGUGUGCUUCAGGGACAUCAUAUUCAUAUCUUGGGCAUACAUCAAGGAUGGGGAAGGGAGUUACCAGGUUUGGGUGUUGCGGAAGGAUCAUCUUCGAAGAAGGAUGCCGGUAGUAAGGCGGCAGAUGAUAAGAUGAAGAUUGCGUGGAGAUAUGAGAGAUUGGGGGAGUUUGGCGCAAGUGGUGCUAGAGGUGGGUGGUCCUUUGUAUAUACGUUUGAUGGAUUCAUAGAUGAAUUUAAUAUUGAAUUGCGAAAGCUAAUAUUGUUCUUGUGUAGAGAGAAAUGCAGUGCAAUCGAGUACAAUCUCAUCAGAUCCACCUUCAAUAUUUUGCCACGAUUUCGACCUUAGUAAAAGAUUAAUUCCCCCAUCGUCGACGCAGAUGCACUUCAUUCCCACGAUUCUCAGACCGGACUUUGAAUUCGCAGAUAUAACUAGCCAAACAAAAUCCCCUUUCACACCAUUCCUCCAACAUCUCUCAACACAACUCGCCCGAACGCCUUCUACAUCUAUUCACCGCAUCAUAAUCCCUUCCCUCCUCUCACCCGCUCUCUACCCAUCGCACGCUUCACUCCCCCACCACAUCCUUCCACGCUCUACGAGCUCUCCUCCGUCAAUACCCAACCCAACUAACCCUUAUGCUUACCCUCCCUCUCCCCCUUCACCCUCGCACCACCGCCCUCACAAAAUGGAUCGAACUUCUCAGCGACGGCGUUCUCGAAAUCGCUCCCUUUCCUUCCAUAGCCAUCAUUCCCAAAGCCACACCCACCAGCUCCUCCAAUCCCGCUCAAGAAGAGCCUCCACAAGGAAUGUUAAAAGUCCAUCGCUUACCAAUAUUCCACGAGAAGGGCGGCGGGAGCGCGGGAUUCGCCGGAGACGAUUUGGCAUUUUCGUUGAGUAGGAGGAAGGGACUCGUUAUUAAACCAUAUAGUUUACCACCCGUCGAAGACGAAGGGGAAGAACAAAAAGGAGGAAUCGAUAUCGAUGGAAAGGGUGGAAAAGGUGGAAAAGCCACAAAAGUCGACAUAGAAUUCUAAAUAGAUAAAUUCCUCCAAGGGCAUGGGCGGAUGGAUAUUGUAUAUAUCAUUAAAUAGCCAGGCGUUUAGACGGAUGGAAAAGAUGGAAAAACAUUACUCAGAAUCAGAAUGUUGAAUAUGAUCUCCC